AAGAAGCUGCAGCAGAGGAAGAGGAAGAGGAAGAGGAAGAGGAGAGCGGAGGUACCACCUUCGCUGAUUCUGUCAUGCCUAAAGAUAGCCGUGCCAAGCGGGAGCGUAUGCGUGAGGCAAAGCGCCGUGCACGUGCAGCUGAGUCAGAGGAAGCACGAGAUGCACGCUUAGCUCGGGAUCGGGCGAGCCACAGCCGUGCGCGAGACAAGGAGACGCUGGAGAUGCGAGCGGCGCGCCAGGCAACCAACGCCGCACGCAACUCCAACAGGAGGGCAGAAAAAAUGCGGGAGAUGCAAGCGGAGCAUCGGGCAAACAAUGCUGCAUGCAGCGCUAACGCGAGGGCAGAGGAAACGCCGGGGAUGCGAGCGGUGCGCGAGGCACGUAACCUUCAUUUUCACGAACGCGUGCAAGAGGAGGAGACCGAUAAGCAGCAAGAGGACUGGCAGGCAAGGGACGCCAUGCACUAUCAGGAAGGGCACCGCGCACGACUGGAGCAGGCGCGCCAUGACAAUCACAACCUCGCACGGUAUGAUGAUACUGACGUCUUCCGAGAGAAGCUUCACGGGACCUCGCCGCUUCAAUGUCCGAAACGCUCACGUCGUGGUGCCUUUGUAUGGAAAGAGGAGAGGAAAGGAUUCUGCUGCAACUCAGCAGACGUCCAGCUGCUGUCGGUGAGUAAAGAAGAGGAUCCCCCUGAGCAGCAGGACUGGAGCCCCAGUCUGGACCUGGAGGACCCACCAGAGCCCCCACACAUUAAAGAGGAACAGGAGGAACUCUGGACCAGUCAGGAGGGAGAGCAGCUUCGAGGGCUGGAGGAGGCGGAUAUCAUCAAGUUCACAUUCACUCCUGUUCCUGUGAAGAGUGAAGAAGACAAUGAAGAGAAACCUCAGUCCUCACAGGUUCAUCAAAGACUCACUGAACAGAUGAAAACAGAAGCUGAUGGAGAGGACUGUGGAGGACCAGAACCAGCCAGGAACUCAGAUCCAGAUAGAUGUUUACAACCAGCCACUCAGGACAAGACGUCCGACUCCUCUGAACCUGAGACUGAUGACAGUUGUGAUUGGGAGACCAGGGAACCUCAGUCAGGUUUAAACCCUCUGAAAAAUAACAGCGGUGAGAAAUCAUUUAGCUGCUCUGAGUGUGGUAAGCAAUUAAGCAAAAACUCAAAUCUGAAGAGACACAUGAGAAUUCACACAGGAGAGAAACCAUUUAGUUGCUCAGUUUGCAGUAAAAGAUUUAUACAAAAGGUGAGUCUGACAGACCACAUGGCACUCCACACUGGGGAGAAACGAUACAGCUGCACUGUUUGUGACAGAGGAUUCGCUCGACUUUAUCAGCUCAAAAACCAUCAGUUUGUUGGUUGUCAGUCCUCACAGCUUCAUCAAAGCCAAACUGAAGAGAACAGCGAUGCAGAACAUUUGAAAACAGAAGCAGAUGGAGAACCAGAACCAGCCACUCAGGACAAGACGUCAGACUCCUCUGAACCUGAGACUGAUGACAGUUGUGAUUGGGAGGAGACCAGGGAACCUCGGUCAGGUUUAAACCCUCUGCAAAACAAUGAAGUACCUGUAAGUGAUCAGGAAUGUAAUACUGGAAAAACAUCAAGUAGCUCCUCUGAAUGUGCUACAAGCUUUGGCCACAAGGGACAUCUGCAGGAACAAGAUGGACUCCAAACAGGAGAGAAACCAUAUAGUUGUUCAGUUUGUGGUAAUAGAUACCACUGGAAGAAAUCCUUAAGGUCUCAUAUGAGAGUUCAUUCAGAAGGAAAAUGUUUCAGCUGCUGCGUUUGCAAAAAAACUUUUCAACGGAGAGGAGAUGUUGUGGUGCACAUGGUAGUCCACACAGGAGAGAAACCAUUUAGUUGUUACGUCUGUGGUACAAGAUUUGCACGAAAGCCACAUCUGACACGACAUUUGAGAAUCCACACAGGGGAGAAACCCUUCAGUUGUUCUGUCUGUGGUAAAGGAUUCACACAGGGCUCAAGUUUAACCUCACACAUAAGAGUUCAUACAAGAGAAAAACCUUUCACAUGCUCAGUUUGUAAAGCAAGUUUUGGUGACCGAAGUUCUUUGUCCCAACACAUGAGAAUCCACACAGGGGAGAAACCAUUUAGUUGUUCUGUCUGUGGUAGAAGAUUUGCGCGAAGCUCAAGUUUAAGCUCACACAUGAGAGUUCAUACAGGAGAAAAACCUUUCACAUGCUCAGUUUGUAAAACAAGUUUUGGUAACAGAGGCCAUUUGUCCAAACACAUGAGAAUCCACAGAGGGGAGAAACCAUUCAGUUGCAGUGUUUGUGAUACAAGAUUCACUCAGCUCGCUCAUAUAAAAAGACACAAGUGUGCUGGUGAGAGCAGCGGCAGUAAAUGAAGCUGCAGAGAUGCUUGUUGAGCCGAUUCCUUCCAGCAGGAUUUGAAGUACUGGGGGCAAGACUUGGCUCAACACUGAUCAGUUCAAAACUGAUACAGACUCCAAAAUAAGUCGAGCUUCAUCUUUUCAGAUGUGAUUAAGCCACGUGACCCUUUUAAUUCUGUUUUUAUUUGUUUCUACAUUAUUUGGUUGUUUUCUGGGAAUUGUGCUUUUUGGUUUUACAUGUAUUCAUUGAUUUAAAAUUGGCUAAAAGAAUUUUAUGUCAUCAACAUGUGAACCUGAUUUCUGAAUGAAAUGACUAGACUUAACUCCCAAUAACACAGUUUACUUCUAAUUUCAUGGACUCUCCCGGUCUUGAAUUGAUCUCUCAUUAUGUGUAAAACAGGAACAGUUGAUUCUUAAACUGCUCAUACUGUAUUUGUGUUAUUUCGGUCACAUCACAAGUCUUGAGACAAACUUUGCUUUGAGACAGUUGGACGGCUGAUGUGUUGGAUUUACUCAGUUGCCUUUAAAGCAGAGCUUCAGAUGUUUCUGGCCUGUUUCCGUACAGUACUCAGAUGCCAUAUGUGUGUUGAGAGAGUUGUUGGUUGCUGUAAUCGUUCUUCAACUGGGUAUCUUCGUCUCGGGACUCGUGUGGAUGUUUCUUGCAGUUGUCUUGUUAUAGACAUAUCCCUCCGCCCCGGCUCAGCAAGGAAACAGUCUGUGGAAACAUAAAGAGGGAGUUCUGUAGAAAAAAGACGAAGUUUGGAAGAUCCCCACUUGAUGUGUCGAACUCAGACUGCUGAAGCCUCAGAUUAACGUCCCCUGAACUUCACAAUGCAUUUGGUCCAGGUACCAUCGGGUCGUGACAUUGAUUUACCUGAGGUCUGUUUUAGACCGGGUCCAGACUUUUGGACCUAUGAAGACUUUAAAGCCUCAUUUAACUCGGCUAAACAUUUACUUUGAUGGUCUUUCUCUGCAGAACAUCUCCUUCCUACCAGGUCAUUACAGUCUGAUAAACCUUCUGUAAAGUUUUCUUUUCAUCACAAAUCUUCCAGUGAAUAAAGAAUAUUGACUUGUUUCAGGUAUUUUCUAAAAUCAGGUGUUAUUUGUUUUGAUUUCAGUGCAGCGACCGAGAAUCCACACACGGGAGAAACCCUUCAGUUGUGAUAUUGAUAUGAAUCCAUUGUAAAUCAUUAGAAGUUACUAAGAAAAUGUGUAAUGCACAGGAGGCGGUUAUGAUUACGAUUACCCAAUAGCUCAGUGUGUUGAAGCCUGUGCCUAGAAGUUUUGAGUUUGUGAGUUCUAAAGCGAUAGAAGUGCUCUGCUCAUAGCGCUUUCUCCAGUGUAGAGAUGAGUCAGGCUAUGCGAGACUACUCUGCUCAGGACUACUCUGUAAGUUUUUGGAGGUUGUUCAGUAUGUCUCGCAGAGUGCUUUUUCAGUGUUGAAGGAAGUUUAGUUUCUUGAUGGACAGAUGGCUUUACUUGUUGCUGAGAGCCCGGAGCCUGGGCCUGAAAACCUCCUCCUCCUGGUGGCCCAAAGCUCUUGUGUUAACAGUGUACAUGCCAACACUCGCCUGGUGCUCGAGCUUCCAGUCCGGGCAGACUCAGCUAAGCUAAUAGGGCUGCUAGCUGCAUGGCUAACUGAGCUUACUAGCUAACGGCAGCUACAGUUAGUAGCAUUUAGUGGUUACUUUAAAGCUAUCUGUCCAUCUUAAAACUCUAUAAAAUAUGAUCCAGUUUCAUCAAAAUCAGUGAAUAGUUAGAAAGGUUCUGUGUUUUUGUACAGUAAAGCAGAUCUGCCAGGCCGAGCAGAUCUGGUACCUACACCAGCCCCGGAAACGCUCCGCUCUGGCAGCAUCUAUUGUUUUCCCUGAUUAACAUAAAUUCAUCAAAUUCAGUGCCCCAUAUCGCUAUUUUCCAAGCUAAGUUACUAUAGUUGUCAUGCUGUCGAGCACACCAGCAAAAGGAUGAGGCAGCUUGGGCGGUGAAGCCACGGAUGUAUUAUGAGAACUGGAUACCGAAUGCCAAAUUUGCAGCUAUUCAUUCAAAUGAGAAUUGCUUGCCUGGCGCAUACCCCAAAAAAGUUUUCUAGCUUCCAGGUUUACUUCCGGGGUCUGCUUGUCUUCUGAUCAGCUAAUGCAGUAAGCUAACAUGUUCACUGAAGUUACGUUAGCCAGCUAACAGCCCUUGUAGCCAUAAAAGUCCCUUUUUUGUGAGAAAAACUGAUCAUCAUCAUCUAAACAUAGACAUUAACUUUUUCAGCGGCAGUCUUGGAUCUGUAUGAGACCGUGGAGUACCUGAUAUGACCACAGGGUGGCGCCAAAGCCACGUGAAUUUUUUACACUUAAAACUGAUGAACAUCACAAUCACAAUGGUAAAACUAAACUAAAACUGUUAGCCAAAGCUAGCUGACGAGCGGUCGACGUAUUCAACUUUCGUUACGUUUUGAAUAACUUGAGAUGUUUCUGUCACAUAUGUAUUGUCGAAUUUAUAAAGAUGUUUUCUUUAUUUAUUCUUUAUUUCACUUUCUGAAACUAGGUAGUUACAACUAUUAUUGUUAUUUAAAAUGCUGUAUCUAUGCGCUCAGGUUUUGAGUAAUUUGGUGCAAUUUUGUCAAGAAAUUCUCUGCUGAUCCUCCGUGAUGUUCUGCAUGAUCCACUGCUUCCUGUUUCGGUUUAAUGUCUCUGUAGACGAUCGUUUCACAUCGGAUCACCUUCGAUCAUGCAAACGACGACAAGAGAAACCUCAGGAGAGAGAAAGGAGAGGAAAGAAAAAGAAGAGGUGGAGAAAGAAAAGAGGAAGCAAAGAGACGGGAGAAAAAGAUGAUGCAGAGAAGACAAAGAAAAGAAAGACGACUGAGAGAAUAAGAUGGAUAGAAAGGAAGAAGAAAAAGAUGGAGGCUAAUACAUGUCUACUUAUAUACUUUGUUUAGUUAUUUGACACGUAAAUGUGUACUUGUUGCACAUAUUAUACCAAAUAGUCCAAAUAUCGAGGAGGGAGGGGUAGUGAUGGAGAGAGGGAUGAAGAAGAAGAAAAGGGAAGGAGGGGAUUGUGACGGUCAGUCCUUCCACCUGGAGCUGUUUCCUUGUUCACAGGAUUAGUCAGACAUCUUCAUGUAGCAUAUCCCUGCCCUGGCUAGGAACCACAGUCCAGAGAAGAAGUUUGGAAGGUCACCACUUGAUUUGUCUUUGACUGCUGAAGCCUCAGUUUAAUGUCCCCUGAGCUAAGAGAAAUAAACAGAAGGUCUCCAGGCCGGUAGCUCAGGCUGCUGCAGGACUGCUUGGCAGUCUGGAGAAUCUGGAUUCGAAGUGUGUUUUGAAAACUGCUGUUUAAAGGAAGAGUGAAAUGCGUGAAGAAACAAGGGUCACUAAUCUGGUACAAUAGCUCAGCAUGUUAGGACUGUCUGCAAGUUUUGAGGUCGUGGGUUCGAGACUCCGGUGAUUCACUGUGUUUUGAAAGCUGAAUCCAAAGGAAAGAGUGAAAAGUUCCAAGAAACCAAGUCCACCUGUCUAGUCCAGUAGCUCAGGGUGAUAGAGGACUGCUUGGUCAGUCAUUUCCCCUGUAAACUGGUUCCACUUCCAGUCCCUUAAAGAUGGCCGCUCAUUUCCCCUGUAAACUUGUUCCACUUCCAGUCCUUUAAAGAUGGCCACUCUGAUCAUUAAAUGGUGGAAAUGCCGUUGACUUGUUUCUUCUGUCAUGUGUUGUUUUGAAUUCUGGCUCUUGUUCCAAUAAAUGCAGAAUGUUA